AUGGAUCUUUUCUAUUUCCCUACUGGCAAGAUUUGCCCCGUGUCUGUUGGAAGCUACAUGAAUAUCAAUGGGCGCAAUGUCUUGAUCACAAGAGCCCUUUCUGAAAAGUCGCAGCCAAACAUGAACGAGCGGUGGGCAGUCUUCGAGGGCCAAGUGACUACAACAGGCAAGGUGGUGAUCUUGAAGAUUCGCUACCAGUAA